GUAGUUGAGAGGCUAAUUUAAACCAAAACCUUGGAAGGUCACUUGACGGAUUUAUAAUCGUUUAUGUCGCCAUGAGAAUACGCAUAAGUCAUUUGCUUUAAUUCAUGAAAUCUUACAUUUCCGAACAAUCAAGUAAAAAUGUUUCCAUGUGCAUCUCUUUCUGGUGAUGAACCAAAGAUCGAUAGUGGAUCUUUUGACAAUAAGACGUCUUGGCUUCAGAGCUCGACAUACUCAAAACAAAAGCUCAUUGUUCAUACGAAUGAAGCAGCAAAUACUGAAAAGGGAAGAGAAUCGAAAUCAGUUAAACGCCCAUCUUCUCCUAAAAAACAUAAAUUAGAGAAGAAUCAGAAAGUCACAUCAACUGCUGUAUUUUUGGAAGACAUUCUUGGACUAGAUAUUAAUAAUGCAUAUAGAAUUGAUCGUUCUGGUAACAGAGAAAUUUAUAAACAUGGUUGUAUUUACGAAAAGCAUGUGUCACAAUUUAAACAGAAGAGUAAAACAAGAAUAUUGGGAUUUAAAGAUCUAUAUUUGUACGAUCUCCUGGGCUGUGAAAUAAAACUUAAACGUGGAAACACAAAAAAAUCGCGAUAUUUUAGUAAGUCAAGCAGGGCAAUCAUUCAAAGUCCUAGUACCGUUAUCAAGUCAUCUGAUAAAAGUGACAUGUCGACAGAUUUAAUUCGUUUUCCUGAUGAACUUAGUACAUGCGCAUCAACAACGGAAAUAAGAAACAAUGAUAUUUUAAAUCUUUGUGAAGAACUUAACCGUCGGGUCUACGACCGACCAGGUGAUUUGAUUUCGUGGUUCAAUUUAAUUGAUUUACAAGACAAAGGAGCUUCUUUUCUGCAUAUUACAAGUACUGGUUUUGAACAGAAACAUUUGUGUUCCGACUUUAAAUUUUCUAAAAGUGACAGACUUAUUAUACUGAAGAAGCAGUUAUCAAUGGCUGAUCGAGCUCUUACGGCUAAUCCUGGUAAUUUAACAUUGAAAUUAUUCAUAAUUAAAACAAACGAACUGGUGGCUGAACUUGAAGCUCAUGGUGCCUCGAAAUCUUCAUCUAACAAGGAAGUCUGUCAGGCAGAUCAAAUUAAUCGAGAUUGGGCUCAGCUCGUAUUCACUUAUCCCCAACUUGUACCCAUGUGGCGUGGGUAUACGGCGCAUCUUAUGGGUCGGCAUUCAUCAUUAACUACUAUAAAUCAAGGAGUUGGAAAUGGGGUAUUUUCACGCAUUGAUGGUGUUUAUAAGAGAGGUCUAUCAACACUAUCAGGUAUAAUAUCCGGAAGAAUAUUAUCACAUAGACCACAACCAGAUACUGUAGAAAGAACAAUCGACUACUUGGCUGAUUAUUGUCACUGGUUAGCUCAAGCAGGACAUUCAGAACGAGCUUUAGCAGUAUGGCAAGCUGUUAUUGAAUUCAAUUGUUUUCGUCCUAAAGAAAUUGAACAAAGUUCAUUUGAGCAACGGAUUCUAGAAAUGGAAUUAUUUUGGUCAAGUGGGAUGCCUAGAUUUGGUCAACCUGGUUCACAACAUUGGAAUGGAUGGUUUAAAACUCGAAAUAAACGACAGGAUAAAUCGCGACUAAAAGAAUCAAAAUUAUCUAAAAGUCACAAGAGAAAUCAAGUUAUUUCACCAAUUAUUUCCGAAAUAACUUCAGACAUGUCAGUUGAAGAACUAAAUUCUAAGUGGACUAGUGUAGCUGGGAAAUUAACCGCUAUUGCUAGCGCUUGUGAAGACGCAUUGAUUAGUUGUUCAGGAGAAGGUAUUCCUGAUGAAUCCUAUGAAAAUACAGGUCCAGAUGUUGUUCCAUCUAUUCUUUCGUCAGAAGUUGCAGCUGAUCAAUGGGUUCGUCGUGGGAGCAUUCCUUCACUUGCAGGCCAUGGUUCAUUUGGAAAGAGUCGAGCCAUCUUAUAUCGUCGUGGAAAAGCUUGGGUUGGUCUAGAACGUGCUCGCGAAGCAGUUGGUUGGCUACCUUCAGAUGUAUUAAACGCUCAGGAUCAAAAAGACAUAGAAGAGGAAGAUCCUGAGAGAUUAGUUUUAUUUGAUGAUAUUAAACCAUGCUUAAUAGAUUUAUGGAAAUUUGAGGAAAGAUCAACAGCUGAUACUCCUCAAAGUCGAGCUCAUAGAGCAUUAUUUCAACAGCGCUUAUUCUUAUUGUGUUUAGAGUUUCUUGGAGCAUACGAUCGUGAUAUAGCUAAAUCUCAUCACUUUCCUAUGGAUAUUCGUCUUAUACAUGAUUUGGCAUCUGUAGGUAGCAUUCAACGUCAAGGUUUAACACCAUGUCCAUCCCAAUCAUGGAUGUCGAGUAAUUUAGACACUACACAUAAUCGAGUUAAUAACAAUGAUAGUAACAAUAAAGGACAAUUGAAUACACCAUCACAAUUGGCUAAUGAACAUCAAGAUGUUUGGGCACAAGCCCAUCGUUGUUUUAUUGAUGCUGCACUUAGUCAAAUGAAUGAAAUCCCAUCAUGGUGGCCUGCUGAACUUAAGGAAAAUUGGCUUACAACGUUGAGUAAACUACGUUUUACAGUGGCAUCUGAACGUCUUUCCAAUGCUAUUCAAACACAUCUAGUUAAUGUUAAGACUGCUAUAUCCAUUUGGCGCAGUUGUGGUCGGACAAUCAUAUCCGAGGGUAAAAACCAAAAAGAUUUAGAUUUAUGGCGAUCCUACGCUAAAGGUUUCUGGCAAAUAAGUCAUGAUUUACUUGUAACCGCUACAUGUCAAGAUGCUGCUAUUCCAAUUCAAGAAUCAAGACGCAUAUUUGAUUCCGCCUUAAGCAUGUAUCCUAUACCGGAAGAUUUCGGACCAUCAAUUGAUGAUAUGGAUAAGUUGGUUGAAUUUCAUCAAACUGUAUAUACUCCUAGAUUGAAACUUCUACAGGAUUAUAUUGAUUUAGAACUGGAUGUAUGCCCUGGAUCAGGUAGUUGUCAAAAAGGAUUUAAUGAAGAAAAUCGUGUAUUAUAUUUACUAACGUAUAUCGCAAUUGGUGGUGUUUACCAUUCAUAUGAACAACAAUCUACCAGUGAAAUAUUACCGUCAAUUAUUGUGAAAACUAAUUAUCGUUUUGGUAAGCGUAUUGAAGCUAUAUGGACAACAUUGGUUGGAUUGCCAGAGGAUUUAACCACUCAAAUUAAUAAUUAUCAAGAGUUUUUAGAUGGUCUACUUGGUACUGUCCCUAUUCUGUGCUAUUUAAAUUUAAUGUUUGAUCUUUUAACAACAGAUGAAAAGGCGAAUCUUAUCCUCUUGGUUCAAAAUCAAGUAGUCGUUGGUCAGAAAAUAAUUUAUCUGAUGAUAAUAAUGAUUUAAUCCCGGCACCGUUACAAAAUCGUAUUUGUACUAAUAAAUUUAUUAAUUUAACAAUUGGCGGUUUAUCUGCAUUCUGUGCUCUACGUCAACGCAAUCGACGUCCACUUUUAAAUCAUUUAUUUCAAUUAAUAAUGAAACAUAAUAAAUAUCAUUCAAGUGAUAUACUAAUGGAUUUAAUGUUUCCAUCACAACUAAGUUAUCUUCUUCCAUCAAGAAUUUCAUUAGAUCAAAGAAAAUUACCCCUAUCUCUGAUGAAUGCAUCUUCAUGUCAUGGUCUAUUACCACCGUUAUUCUUAGCUUCUUUAAUUCAUCAGUUAAAUCAUUUAAGACAAAAUGUAGCAAAGUUAGCCUCUCAAUCUAUUAUCCAACAAACAUUGAAUAGUAUAUCACGUUCAAAUAUUCGACAAAAUCAACAACAAAAUAUUAAUUUUUUUGAAGGAUCAAUUGGUGCAGAAAUCAAUAGUUUUAUUGGUCAUCAAUUAGAAUUAUGUUCUGCUUGUUUACCAAGUGUCUUAGAUUUAUUCAUUUUAAGUUUAGAAUUAGAACGAUGGACGAGUUUAAUUGCUGGUGUUACUUGUGAUUAUGGUGAUGAAAUUCCGUAAGUGAUCAACGUGUACGUAAUGCAUUUGAGAAAGCUGUGCAAAUUAGUCCAUUUCUUACAUCAUUUAUAUCUUCUGAAGGAAACUUGGUUCAUAUAGCGCUAGGUGCUAGUACACCAUCAUUUUGGUCGGCGCAUUUACGUUUAGUUAUAUGGAGAGCUUAUAUGGCAUUUGGUUGGAUGGCUGGUCCACCUCAUACUUCUAAUACAUCUACUACAAUUAUUUCAAAUAAUUUAGAUCCUCGUCAACGUCGUCAAGCUGUAAAAGCAGUUUUUUACCGAGCUGUUGAAGAUGUUCCAUGGGCUAAAGUAAUUUCAUUCAGAAUAUUUUUCCUAUUAUUUAGUCAGAAUAUAAUUUAUGGUUGAACUUUGGGCGAUGCUGAAGUGACCUUGAGGAUACCACCUACUUGUUGGGUGUUAAAAUAAUGUUUCGAAUUAAGAGUAAGAUUUAGAGUUAGAAUUUAGGGUUUUCAUCAAAAACUGGUAUCAACUCUAUUGGCGAAAUGCUAUUUAACCAUAUGAAUAGACGAAUUGCGUGCCAAAGCCCAAGGCUUUCUAUCUUUAAUUAGAUUGGUUCGUUCGUAAAUUAUAGUUUCUCCCAUUACUUACAUUUCAUCAUUUUUGGAUUUUCUCAUUUUUUAAACGGCGAACAGUUAUUAAGAUACGAUAAAAAGGUCAUUAGUUGGCGAUUAAAUGCUAUGGGUGCUUUUAAUUUGCUAACAAAUUAAAGGCUUGUCUGGUAAUUUAAAGAAAACAUGUAUCUGGACUAUUGUGUAUCACUUACUAAGGUGAAAAUCAACGAUCGCACCAAGAAUUUACAAAGGUUAAAGUGGUAUUAUAAGUUACUUCUUAAAAGUUGCUGAGACGUUAAGCAAGGUACCAUGUUAAUUGUAUCCUUUAACUUAUAAAGACCAUAUUUUGUAGUCAGAAAAAUCUCUUAUACUAUUAGUUGCUGUAUUUCGUGUCUUUUUUCAUGAUUGUUGCUGUUUAAAAUAGGCUCUACUAAUACUAUACAUCAUGAUUGACAAUUGGAAUUUAUUUGCUUUUGAAGUACCACAACAUUUCAACUUUGUACCAAAAUCAUGCUGGCAGUGUUAAAUUGCAUGCCAUUGAUAUCUACUGAAAUUUUUCAUUGAUUCAAACAAAUAUUGAAAGGCGACAGAAGUUAUUGAUUUAACUAGUAAAUUCAGUUGGUAUUAUUUUCGAUAUUAACUGAAAUAACGAACUGAGAUUUAUUUAAAGUUAAUAUAAAUAAUCCUGUCAAAUUUUCUCCAUUGCAUUUUCUUCUUGUGCUUAAUACAAGUUUGUUUUAUGUUGAUUUAUACAAUACUAACCAGUCAGUUAGUAGCAAUUCAUGUUCAUCACUUCAACCAAAAUAGUCAGUUUUGGGUGUACAAUAUUGUUUUUUACAUUUUAGGCUCUGUAUACAGAUCUAGUUCGUUAUUGUCCAGAAGAUGUUGAAGAAGUUGUUGAUUUAUUAUCGGAACGUGAAUUAAGAUUAAGAACACCGUUAGAAGAAGUUGAUCUUUUAUUGACUGCCAGACCUCAUGAAUAAAUAUAUCUCUUUUAUACUAUAAUUUUAAACCGGAAACCAUGUAUAAUUUUUUUUACCUUUAUUCAUAAGUUUUUAUACCAAUAAAUUAUUUAACAUUC